GCGCUGCGACGCGUGGGCGUGGGGCGACAUCCGCGACGUACCGGGAUUGACGGACUUCUGCUUCUUGAAGGCCCUGGAGGCCAGCGCGCUGAGGAGGAUGCCCAGGCUCGGCGUGAUCUCAGGGUUGUCGUGCUCCUCGUUCAAGGUCAAGGCCAUCAGCGACGACGACAAUCUCGAGAUCGUCGCAGCGGCCGACGCAGCGAGGCCCGGCUCCGUGGAGGCGGCGCCCACGGCCACUCCGGAGGCGGCGUCCAGCCAGGUCGACUGCCUGGCACAGGAGGACGGCGUGGAGUAUGGAACCGGCGAGAUCAUGGCCGAGGUGGAGGUGACCAGCGCUGCCCUGUGCCGCGAGGCCUGCGAGGACUUCAUGGGCUGCGGCGCGUGGACGUGGGGCUCCGUCCGAGGCCUGCCGGGGCUGACGGACAUGUGCUUCGUCAAGGGCGCCGUGGACGCCGCGCGGGCGGGCCGUGUGCGCCACGGCGUGGUCUCCGGGUGGGCGGUGGCCGUUGCCUCACG